AGAGCGCGCCUGGCCAAUCGGCAGGAUGGACGCUGUCGCUUGUGUCAAAGUUCCAGCGCUCCUGACUUGACUCUGAUUUUCCGGCUUUGCAUCUUUUCGCGGGGGCGGUCACUCUUCCAUAGACCUCCUAAAGGGGAAAAUGUGCCAUAGAGUCCGUUGUUGACAAAAUUAAUUGAAGAGGUGAAGUUGAGCUCAGAACUACAACUAAUCUUAUCAAAACGUGUGGAGGUGAAGUGAUCUGAAAGAAUUUAUGACCACAAAACUUCAGUUUGAAAAACAUCAUAUUUUUCAUACCGAAAAUUAGAGUGCUUUGAGAGACUUUAUUCUGACAAAAUGAUGAUGGAAACAAAGGAACAACAGCCCUUGAGCACAACAUUUUACACAGAAUUACCUAAAGUGGAACUUCAUGCCCACUUAAAUGGAUCUAUUAGUUCUAAUACCAUGAAGAAAUUAAUAGCUAAGAAGCCAGAUCUUAAAAUCCAGAAUCAUCUCACUGUGAUUGACAAGAGAAAGAAAAGAACUUUAGAUGAAUGUUUCCAGAUGUUUCAAAUUAUUCAUCAGGUUACUACUAGCCCUGAAGAUAUUCUGUUGGUCACAAAAGAUGUCAUUAAAGAAUUUUCAGAUGAUGGUGUCAAGUACCUGGAACUCAGGAGCACACCCAGAAGAGAAAAUUCUACAGGAAUGACUGAAAAGACUUACGUGGAAUCUGUACUUGAGGGUAUAAAACAAUGCAAAGAAGAAAACUUGGACAUUGAUGUUAGGUAUUUGAUAGCAAUUGAUAGAAGAGGUGGCUCUACAGUAGCCAAGGAGACUGUUAAACUUGCCCAGGAGUUCUUUCUUUCUGCAGAGGACAUAGUUCUUGGUGUUGACCUCAGUGGUGCCCCUGCUGCAGGACAAGCAAAAGACUUCUUGGAACCUCUUCUUGAAGCUAAAAAAGCAGGUUUAAAGUUGGCGUUGCAUCUAUCAGAGAUUCCAAACCAAACAAAAGAAACACAAGUACUCCUGGAUCUUCUUCCUGACAGAAUUGGUCAUGGGACAUUCCUCAAUUCAUCAGAUGAAGAUUCUCUGCAUCUAGUAGACUUUGUGAGGCACCACCGGAUACCACUGGAACUCUGUUUGACCUCAAACAUUAAAAGUCAGACAGUUCCAUCUUAUGACCAGCAUCAUUUUGGAUUCUGGUACAGCAUUGGCCAUCCUUCUGUGAUCUGUACCGAUGAUAAGGGUGUUUUUGCAACAAAUCUUUCUCAAGAAUAUAAGCUGGCAGCUGAAACAUUUCAUUUGACCCAACCCCAGUUGUGGGAUUUGUCUUAUGAGUCCAUCAACUACAUCUUUGCUUCUGACGGCACCAAGUCUGAACUGAGGAAGAAGUGGAAUCACCUGAAGCCCAAAGUGUUAUAUUUUUAACUUGUAAGGAGGUGAACUACUUGCAAAUAUGGUUGCAACCAGGAUCUUCCGCCCAUAUUCCAUCACCAGCGCCUGCUCAUAGAAGGUGCUUGGCAAUUGUGUCUUAAAUUGACUAGUGCGCUCUGAAAUUUUACAUAGCUCACCUUUUGCUGCUAACUGGAAGUCAGAAUGUUUCUGAUAACCAAAAUCCUGUCCACUGGUGAUAUUGACCAGUGAGCAGUCCCAUCCGUUUGAUUCAGAAAAAAAAAUUAAAGUAGUUUUCAGCAGAAAAAGUUUUAGAAUUACUAGCUCAAAUAAGUUGGGGAAAAUAAGGAAAGAAAGGACUUGGAAGCUCUCUAAUUUGUGACAUUCCUAUAGUUCAUUGUGUUCUUUCAGACUCCCUUCAAUUAAGUAUUCUCCAAAACUGUUUUCUUCAGGCUAUAUUACAGAUACAGUAUUAUAUAUAUAAUGCAUAUACAUUACAUAUGUAGUAUGUAUAGUAGACUGUAUUACAUAUAUUGCUUUUUUUUAAUAACCCAUAGCAGUGAGGGUUAAUGUCCUUUGGGUUUGGCCCCAAAACAAAAACAAACUUUUGAGAUCUGAGUGUCACUAGAUAGCUUUAUGAAUGUAUAGGAGUAAAGUUUUAAUAUUAGAUCUUGAAUUACAUAAUAAAGCCAUCCUACACUUAAGUUUAGGAUUAUCCCAUCCUAAACUUCUCUUUUCUUCCCUAUCUGGUCAUCAUAAAAAUGAUUUUUGAAGAUUUGACAAGUCUAUAUUCAGAUUAUAGUAAAAGAAGUGGCAGCAACAAUGAGAACAUAUUACAACUGAUUAGAAUAUUGAUUAUCCAGCUCCUCCUAAUACAUUCUUUUGCUGCACACCCAACCUAAUCUGAGGCCUUAGGAGUUCUCUAAGAGGGGCUGGAGUGAUAGCACAGCAGGUAGGGCAUUUGCCUUCUACAUGGCCGACCCAGGUUCGAUUCCCAGCAUCCCAUAUGGUCCCCUGAGCACUGCCAGGAGUAAUUCCUGAGUGCAUGAGACAGGAGUAACCCCUGUACAUUGCCAGGUGUGACCCAAAAAAGCAAAAAUAAUAAUAAUAAUAGUUCUCUAAGAGUAUAGUCAGUGGACUUGGUUUCUCUUCUCUAAGAACUUUAGAAGGCUGUUAUUUUGCUUCUAUCAAGACUGGACAGACAUGCUGAUAAGUAAUGGUUUGUGAGCUAGUGUGAGAUAAACUGUUUUUACUGAGAUAGGGAACAUAUAUGACCUGAGAAAUUAUGUGGUCUGGCCCUGGUACAUAAUGAGGCAGAUAUGUAUGCUUCUCAUUGGCUGCCCUUUGUAGCCUGUCUGCUCGUAGUGAAUGGUUCAUGAAUGGUGAUAUAAAUAUUCAAAUAGUCCAUGGUAGAAAAAAUGGUUCCCCACCCCUCUAGGAAUUUCCCUUUUCCUCUUCUUUAUUUGGCUAUUGGAGCUGAUCCUGGUUCCCUUAAAGCAGGCCUGAGGAGCCAGGAGGUAGUACAAUGGUUAGAUUUGAUUAUUGGCACCACAUGAUCCCCCAAGCAUUGCAGGUGUAGCACUGAAGGCCCCUGGGGUGGCCUAGGUAUCCCCAGUAACUCAGGGCCUCAGCAGUAUCACAUCCUCAGGCCCUUGCAUUGAACCACCAGCCCAUUUGACUGAAAUCACAUGUGGGAGCUCCUGCUAAAUAAAUAAGACUCACUCUCUGUGCCAAAUUGUAAUGCAUUCUAAUGGUUUGUUUUAAUAAAGAUGCAAAUACCAAGGAAGGAUUUUCAUUUUAAUUUCUCUCUCACCUCAUUCACAUUUUUUUCUCUGCUAGAAUACAAAGAUUCAAACAAGAAUACUCACAGUAAAUUGCCCCUCCCCAAAGAAAUAGGAAGAAAUACAACUUUAUAGACAGCUUUUAUUAAUAUGGUAUCCCUGAGAAGCAGAUUAAGGUAUAAACAUUAUUCAGCUUAACAGAAAUGGAACUGGUUGCAAGAAUAAAACAUUUUUAUUUUAAUAUCCCAACAAAUGCUUUUUCCAAAAAACUAUACAUAAAGACAAUAAUUUCUCAUUUUGGAAAAAUAUAGCAUCUUCCUAAGCCAUCCUAAGGCACUGUUUCAGAUUGGUGUUCUUUGUAAUUUCCUAUAUGCUUAGGCAGCAUAAUUGAGAUACCAACUCUCCAUAAUUUCUACUGUUAGGAGAUUCUUUGUACUAGGAUUCUUUAGCACUAGAACCCUAAUUAAUCUCUCAUCCAACAUCAUAGAAUAUUCCCUCUCCCCACUACUUUCCUACAUCUCACUCUAGCCACAGGACUCUAGUUAAAUAUAAAUAUCAAAUCCUAGCCUUGGCUGUUUUCUUAUUUUACCUUUCCUCUGACCUACCCUUCAAAGUAUCUUUUUUACAAGAUACUAGUUUCUGGCUUUCAUAUUUCAUAUAAGCUAGACCCCUAAAAUUGCUCAGUUUUCCCCAGUCAGCACUGGGGAAAAUUAAACUUUAAUUUUCAUUACAUAGUCUAUUUUUGCCCUCUCUUUCAUCUCAAAAAACACGUCUCUUCUUUUCCUUAUCUCGUAUACACUCAAGGGGAUAUGAACUUUCUAAAACUGAAAGAAAGUCACUGUCACUGUCAUCCAGUUGCUCAUCCAUUUGCUCGAGCAUGCAUCAGUAUUGUCUCCAUCGUAAGACUUGUUACUGUUUUUGGCAUAUCGAAUACGCCACGGGUAGCUUGCCAGGCUCUGCCAUGCGGGCAGGAUACUCUCGGUAGCUUGCCGGGUUCUCUGAGAGGGACGAAGGAAUCAAACCCGUGUUGGCCAAGAGCAAGGCAAACGUCCUAUCCGCUGUGCUAUUGCUCCAGGCCUUCUCAAACUGAAGGUUUCUUAACCUUUACUCCUUUGAACCCAUCCUGCUUCACCAAGUUUUUUCUUUUAGCAAUUCCAAUAUACCUUAACAACUUAUCAUCUUACAACUAUGUUUGAUAGAUUUUUCUAAAACUGUUGCAACUAUACAUGUGCAUUUAUAAUUUGUCCACAUCUGUGCCAUCUGUUUUAUAGAGACAGAACAGUUUAACUUGUGCUAUACAGGGCUUAUCACACUACUAGAAAUAAUUAUAGCUAUAAUUCAAUAAUACUUGAUUAUAAAGAUCAGAAUGUAUUUAAGGAGGUGCUUUAAAAAUAGAUGUAUACAGGGACAGAGAGAUAGUACAGUGGGUAGGGUGCUUGCCUUGACCCAGGUCCAAUUCCUGGCAUCCCAUAUGGUCCCCUGAGCACCACCAGGAAUGAUUCUUGAGUGCAGACCCAGGAGAUACCUCUAAGCAUUGCUGUGGCCAAAACAGAUAAAAAAUUAUAAAAUAGAUGUAUAAAGUUGAGUAUGUGCAAUAUAUGCAUGGGUAUUGGCAAUUCCACUGAACUGAAUAUGUUGUCCUCUUUGCCCUUAGGGUAAAGAAUUAUUGGCACAAUGUAAUGUUUUCCCAGUUCACUGGAAUGCGGCAGUAGCAAUUGCUCAUUGUAGGUUAAUACUAUACAAGGUAGAUAAUACGUGACUUUGGAGUGUAUAGAUUUCCUCUUUUUAGAGCUUUAGAUGCUUUUCCUGUCACCAUAUUCAGCUGGCUUAUUUUCUAGGCUUCUGGGCCAUAAGAGACAGAUAAAACUGAGAUAAGAUAGGCCAAAAAAAAAGAGAGAGAGAGAGAUAAAGAGAAAGAAAAUUCAAGAGGCUGGAGAGCCAGUAGGGGUUAAGAUGCUUGUCUUGCGUAUGGCCAACCAUGAUUCAAUUUCUGACACCAUGUUUCCCUAAGCACAGAAUCAGGAGUAGCCCCCAGCCCCACCCCUUCUGGAAAAAAAUUAAAAACACCUAAGAAAAUUAAACUAGAUGCUCUAAGUGUAGUUGUAUAUUCCCAAACUCCAGGUUUGGAAGAAACUAAGAAGUUCAGGGUCAUAUCUCAAAACCAUGUAAACCUAGUUUAAACCUAGUUUACAUGGUUUUCCCAUAGUUUACACCUAGGUUCUGGGUGAUAUGUCCACAGAUGAGAAACAAGACAAACAUUUAAACUCUCUUUUACAGUAAAUUAAAAGUUUGCAGUGGAGGCCAGAGUGAUGGUAUAGUGGAUAAGGGGCUUACCUUGCAUGCGGCCAACCCAGGCUCAAUCCCUGCAUCCCAUAUGAUCCCCUGAGCCUGCCAGGAGUGAUCCCUGAGCCAAGAGCCAGGAAUAAGCCCUGAGCACCGCCAGGUAUGGGCCCUCAGCCCCCCCCCCCACACACACACCCUUAAAGUCUGCAACAACACAUAUCAUUCUGAGCAAAGACUGAAGUGAACAGGAAGAUUCACUGUUGUGCAUUUACAUUGUUGAAAAUAUACCCGUUCAAUAAAUGCAGGUAAUAGGUUUUUCUAUUCAAUAUACAGCUGAAUCAUUGGAAAGAGUUCAUAUCAAGCUCUUGGGAUCUACAAAAAUGUCUUCUCUGUUAAGGGAAAAACAUAGACACUAUCCAUUCAGAUGUAGACCCAAAAAAAGGACUGAAAUCUUCCUUUCUUUCUUAAGACUGCCUUGUAAAAUUAAAUCUAGAUCCAGAAGAAACAAACUAACAGUGGGGUGCAUCCUAAAGAUUUUACUAAUGCUAGUUAGGCACAGUAUAGGAGG